AAAACCGAAGUGAUACGGACUCCUUUCUAUCUCCUUUGAUUCAUGUUUACUUCUUGACUGGAAAACAAUGAGAUGGUUAUCACAAUGGAUCUGAUGGAGAUCGAUGACAGCAUAUAUAUGAAGAGGAACCUCACCAUGGAGGGUCUUGUGACUAAAGUUGAUUUUCAGAGAAGAAACCCUCCUUCCAGAUGUGUCUCCGUGGGACUUGGAUUACUGUGCGCUGUGCUGUUGGCUGGGAAUGUAGGACAAUUUCUCUACUAUCACAUAUUCAGCCAUACCAUAUCAGCAGACCUGAUACAGGCUGGUUACAACACUGGAGCAGAUCAGCUGCAGGGAACCUCUAAUGCUUCAGCUGCAGAGAGAAAACUGUUUGAGGCCACAUUGAGUAACUUGACAAAAGAAAAAGAUCAGUUGCGGACAAUCUAUGAUGACAUGCAGAAGAAACAUGAUGAACUUCAAAGAGGAAAAGAAGAGUUGCAGACACAGUUUAACACGAUGAAGACAAAAGGGGAUGAGUUGCAGAGGAGUUACUCUUCACUGAAGAGUGACAAGGACCAGUUGCAAACAAGAUACUCAAAUCUGACCCAGAGUAAAAAUCUACUUCAGAACAGAUACCAAUCACUGUCCACCCACAAAGAAGCAUUGCAAGGCCGUUAUAAUACACUAGAGAGGGAGAAAGAGCAGCUACAGACCAAUUACAGAAGUUUAGCUACAGAAAAAGACCAACUAGAGAAGAAUAUCGACAAAGAAAGAGGUGACCUGACGAAAGAAAAAGACCGACUGCAACAAAGUUUAAACACCCUCACACACGAGAAGAAUCAGCUACAAACAAACUACAAUGACAUGCAGAAGAAUCGUGACAACCUGCAAAGAGAAAAGAACGACUUGCAGACACAGUUUAACACAAUGAGAACAAACAGGGAUCAGCUGCAGAGGAGUUACACUUCACUGAAGAGUGACAAGGACCAGUUGCAAAAAAGCAAAGAAACAUUGCAAGUCAGUUUUAAUACUCUGCAGAGGGAGAAAUAUCAGCUACAGACAAAUUACAGAAGUUUAGCUACAGAAAAAGACCAACUAGCGAAGAAUAUCGACAAAGUAAGAGGUGACCUGACGAAAGAAAAAGACCGACUGCAACAAAGUUUAAACACCCUCACACACGAGAAGAAUCAGCUACAAACAAACUACAAUGACAUGCAGAAGAAUCGUGACAACCUGCAAAGAGAAAAGAACGACUUGCAGACACAGUUUAACACAAUGAGAACAAACAGGGAUCAGCUGCAGAGGAGUUACACUUCACUGAAGAGUGACAAGGACCAGUUGCAAAAAAGCAAAGAAACAUUGCAAGUCAGUUAUAAUUCUCUGCAGAGGGAGAAAGAUCAGCUACAGACAAAUUACAGAAGUUUAGCUACAGAAAAAGACCAACUAGCGAAGAAUAUCGACAAAGUAAGAGGUGACCUGACGAAAGAAAAAGACCGACUGCAGCAAAGUUUAAACACCCUCACACACGAGAAGAAUCAGCUACAAACAAACUACAAUGACAUGCAGAAGAAUCGUGACAACCUGCAAAGAGAAAAGAAUGACUUGCAGACAAAGUUUAACACAAUGAGUACAAACAGGGAUCAGCUGCAGAGGAGUUACACUUCACUGAAGAGCGACAAUGACCAGUUGCAAAAAAGCAAAGACACAUUGCAAGGUAGUUAUAAUACUCUGCAGAGGGAAAAAAACGAGUUAAAGACCAAUUACAGGAGUUUAUCAGCAGUCAAAGAUCAUUUAAAGAAGGAGAUUAACAAACUAGGUAAGAUGUUUAUCAAAAAAAGUUGA